CGGAUAAUAAUAAUACAACACCGUGCUGUCACUGUACAUAUGAGGGAGCGGAGAACACGUCACAUUGCUGUGAUAGGGAAUGUGCGCCCUCCUGAAACAAAAUGGAAGCUGCUUUAGAAAAGGAACAGCAGAAGUUUCUGUGACUAUAAUAACAUGGAGGGCACAGUCCUAUCCCUAUAGACACGACAUACUGGUGUCCCCCUUCACGAGCGCCAACCAGGUCCAUCUUGUCUGGCGACUGUUUGGAGCCGCCAUGUAAAUGUAACGUGCAGAUUCGCCACACGUUUCUCUUUCACACUGAGGGAAUCCCGGAUUCACAGCUGGAUCAACGGCAUGGAGGCGGGCAACCAAGCCGGCACCUCUGGCGAGAAGAAGAGCCAUCAUUGGAAGAGUUACAAGCUGAUCAUCGACCCUGCUCUCAGGAAGGGACAACACAAGCUCUACCGCUACGAUGGGCUCUACUUCAGCAUGCCUAACCCGGGUGUCCCCCCAGUGGAUUGCGUUAGAGAUCCCCGGAUAGGAAGGCUAUGGACCAAAAAUAAGGAGGUCGAUUUACCUGUACCCAAGCUCAAGAUCGACGAGUUCUAUGUCGGCCCGGUGCCCCCUAAGCAAGUGACUUUUGCAAAACUGAACGACAAUAUACGGGAAAACUUUCUCAGUGACAUGUGCAAGAAGUAUGGGGAAGUGGAGGAGGUGGAGAUCUUGUACAAUCCGAAGAACAAGAAGCACCUGGGCAUUGCCAAAGUCAUAUUUGCCAGCGUUAAAGGAGCCAGGGAUGCGGUGAAGCAUCUGCACAACACCACCGUGAUGGGCAACAUCAUCCACGUGGAGCUGGACACGAAAGGAGACACACGUAUGCGGUUCUAUGAACUGUUAGUAAAUGGUCUCUACACGCCACAGACUCUUCCGGUUGGAGCCGAUUUGGAUGCUUCACCAAAUGUGAAUGAAACUCCACAGAUUAAUGAAACCAUAAAACGCACAAAAGAAACUAGUGCAAGUGCUUCAGUUACCCCAAACAGCAGUACCCCGUUUUCCCAUGAUACAGCCUAUUCAAGUUGUCGACAAGAUACCCCAAACUCUUAUAGCCAGUAUACCCCACAAUCACAAGGAACACCUCAUACCCCACGUCUCGGAACACCUUUUUCACAGGACUCAAACUAUUCAAGUCGACAAACAACACCAGCGUAUCACUAUGUGCAGGACUACAAACCAAGAAGACAUGAAUCAAAGUUUACGGAUGCUUAUAAUCGCAGGCCUGGGCAUCACUAUGUUCACAGUUCUAGUUCUAGCUCUUACAAGAGCUCUGAUCACACCUUUAAUACAACUCGAUCUCAGACAGAAACAUCACCGUUUUCCCAAACCCCACCCCUUAGCCAGUCUGGUUUGUCAUCAGCCUUUACUCCUUACCAAGCAUCUUCAGUUUACUCACUACCUGAUGAAAAUCCAUUCCCGCAAGCAUCAAGAGAAGUAGAUUUUCGGAGAACAGCACCGCCACCACCACCACCAUCAGAGACAUUUCCUGAUGGUGUAUGUAGUUCUGUGAAUAUUGACUUUGUACCAGUUAAAGAGAAACCAGAGGAACCCCCUCCUCCUGAGCCAGAGUGUGUCAUGGAGCAGAAGUCAUCAUCUCGUGCUCGAACACCAGAUGGGGGGGAUACACCAGGGACACCAACUUUGGAGGCAGAAAUGCAGCACCAUAGUUUAGACUCAAGAAUUGAAAUGCUUUUAAAAGAGCAAAGAACCAAAUUAACUUUCCUUAAUGAACCAAGCUCGGACAAUGAGUUGAGGAUGGAAGGGAGCCCUAUAUCAUCCUCUUCAUCCCAGCUUUCUCCAAUCCCUCCUUAUAAUUCAAACUCUCAGUACCAGGAUCUUACCCCUUCCUCGCGACCGUCUAGCACUGGGUUAGAGGAUAUCAGUCCUACUCCUCUGCCAGACUCUGAUUAUGAUGACGAUGAGCCAAUUCUUGGCACUGCUUCUCUCUGCCAGAACUCAAGGUCAGGAACUCCCAUUGAGCAGUUGAGUCAGUCUUGCAGGAAAGUGGAAAGCUCUGAUGUGAAGGAACAGGUGGCUGGUGAUGAAACGCCGGUAUCUGAGAAGGUGGAGGAGGAUCAUCCUUCUUCUGGAGAGGACAUGGAGAUUUCAGAUGAUGAAAUGAACACUUCUCCCAUCACUAGUGAAGAAUGUGCUAAAUCUAUUGUUAUAAAUUCAGCAGUAACAAGUUCUGCAGUAAUAACUUCAGUCAUGCCCAUAAUGCCUCCUGGAUUUCCCCCACUGCCACCGCCACCACAGCCUGGGUAUCCUAUGCCACCUCCCCUUCCUCCACCACCUCCGCCUUCUUUACCUUCAGUCACAGUACCCCCUCCUCCACUACCUGCUCCACCAGGGGUACCUCCACCACAUAUUUUGCCUCCUCCUCCACCACCACCAUUUCAUCAGGGUAUGUUUCCUAUGGUUCAAGGUGACAUGGUGAGUGCCCUCGGUACACAAUGGGGUGGAAUGCCAAUGUCCUUUCAAAUGCAGACCCAAAUGCUCAGCCGUAUGAUGCAGGGACAAAAUUCAUACCAUUACCAUCAUUUCUUGGGAAAUUCCAUGCAGUUUGGCCAGCAUCCCUACCGCCCCUUUACCAUGUCUGCACAUCCUGCACGGGGGCAGCCUUGGCCACCUUUUCCAAAGUUUGACCCAUCUGUGCCACCACCAGGCUAUGAGCACAAGAAGGAGGAUCCACAUAAGGCCACAGUGGAUGGGGUGCUAUUGGUCAUUGUGAAGGAACUUAAAGCCAUAAUGAAAAGAGAUUUGAACCGCAAAAUGGUCGAAGUUGUGGCAUUCAGGGCAUUUGAUGAGUGGUGGGAUAAAAAGGAACGUUUAGCAAAGCAAUCUCUGACACCAGUAAAAUCUAGUGAUGGCAAAGAUGAAGAGAAACCAAAGCCAAAGGACCAAAUAACAUCAAGUCUGUUAGAGAGCUGGAACAAAGGAGAAGGACUGGGCUUUGAAGGCAUAGGAUUGGGCAUUGGUUUGCGUGGUGCAAUUCGUCUUCCCUCAUUCAAGGUGAAGAGGAAAGAACCUCCGGAAUCGGGACUAGAGGGAGAACAGAAAAGGAUUCGUGUCACAAAACCUAUUGAUGAGGAGGAUGAAGAGUGUGAAAGAGAGAAAGAUGUUACUUUGGAUCCAAUGAAGCAAGACACAGAUUCUGUUACUGUUAGGAAACGGCCCGCCAUACCCCUAGACAGCGAGGGUGAAGAUGAGGUGGAAAGUGAAGCAGAAGAGCCCUCAGAUAAGGAGGACUCGUCAUCUGAGAAGGAUGAAGAACUGGAUGAUGACUCAGUUGGAGUCCUCUCCACUAAGCAUUAUGUUGAACAUGAGGAAGAGGAUGAUGAUGCAGAAACAAGUGGGAAGGAGGAACAAGACUCAGACGAUGAAGAUGUAACCAGCAUGGCCUCCUCUAAAGCUGAAGCAGAUUCCUCUGAUGAAAGUGAUGACUCUUCAGAAUAUGAAUCUAGUUCUGAGUCUGAAGAUGAUGAUGAGGAUGAUGAAGAGGAAGAGUCAGAAUAUGAUGAAGAUGAGGAAAUUGAUGUAGAACUAGAUGAUGAUAUGGCUGGUGAAGAUGAUGUUUUUAAAGAUCUUUCUGGGCAGAGUAGUCCAGCCAAAGCUUCUGUGGUGGAAGAGAUAAUGGAUGAUGGUGAAGGUGUGGAACAUCCUGCACCAUCAACUGUGGAGGAAGUUUCAGUAGUAAACAGUGAUUUGGAUACACCAGCAGUUUAUUCCAAAGAAUUAAUAGAACCAGACACCCCCUGCAAGGACCUGCCAGACAGGACUCUAGAAGUGGAUGAUGGAAAUGAUAUGCAAAAAGCUCCAUCGCCAUCAAAUGAAGAAGACCCAUCUGAAGUGUAUGUGGAGCUGCACUUGGAGCCUAUUCUGGAUAUUCCAACUGUUGAGGCCCAGGAGAAUGUAAUACGACCUCUAACACCUACUGGAGCUUUUGGGGAAGCAAGCGUCCUUCUGAAACCUGAAGAAAUCUCUUCUGAUACCCGACAACUGCAUGCCAAGUUGGCACCUUUUAUUGCAGAGGAUGAAGUACCGUGCCCUCGGACACCUGGACGAGACACAGCUGCACAUUCGGAUUUAGAGGUGGUUCUUCCAUCUGUCCCCAAAGUAGCUCUUACUGCACUUCCUUUGACUCAGGCUCACAAUAAGGAAGAGGACCUACCUGUACAUCCUGAAAAGAUCAUUGGCCACUUGGCAGUCACAAAAAUGCUUUCCGAGGAGGAACUUCCAAGGACGCCAGGCAGAGAAUUUGCUGCCAAAUCUUCUCACCUUGAGAAAUCCCAGAGCACUGAUACUGUGCCAGCUACACCUGGUAGUGAUGCACCCCUCACUGGUAUUAGUUUAACUCUUACUUCUCCACACAUUCCUGGAAGCCCAUUCUCCUACCUUUCUCAGUCACCUGGUAUAAUAAACAGUGGUAUUCCAAGGACUCCAGGAAGAGACUUUAAUUUCACUCCAACCUUCCCUGAAUCUAAUGCUACCUUCCCAUGUCAUCCAUCAAGUAAGAAACCCUCAGUUGACGAACCGGAUGACAAAUCAUUUAAAGAACCAGCCAGUGCUUCCUUAAUCAUGAAUAAUGUACCUUCUCCCAUCCCAUUUGCAAGUCCUCCAAGAGGGGAUCUCCAAACGGAUAUCAGGUUAACGGGUGAUGAUCUGGAAUCAUCUGAAACUCCAUCCUAUUUUUUUGAUGAUAAAUUAUUAAGUGAAGAGAGUGAGACAGAACUCGCAAAAGGACCGCUGCCUACCACAGAAGAAUCUGCACCUUCACCUACUCUCCCUCCUACUGGUAGGAGGAAGCCUGGGCGACCUAAAAGGCCCCCACCUUCCACCUUACCAACAGAGGAAAACAUUGAGAAAAACUCAGAGGCUCUCCCCAUUAGUGAAUUAGUAGAUGUUUCUCUGGAAAAAUCUGUCAUAAUUGAUCAGACUAGUGACAUCUGUGGAAUUAAAGAUCCUGCAGCAGUUCCACUAGACUUCAGGAAUGAGGAAAACUGUCAUAUCCCUAACUAUGAAGCCAUAAACCAGAAGGUCCCAUUAAAAGAGUUGGAGAACCAAUGGAGGGAGGAAAUAAAGGAAGAGGAUGACCUUACUAAACUCAAGAAACCAAGAAAUUGGAGGCUAAAAAAGAAGUAUGAGGACGUUUUAGGUUCUCCUGAAUUUUCUCCUCAUCGGGCUCUCUUCAAGCCCCGGUCAGAGUUUGAGGAGAUGAGCAUUCUGUAUGACAUAUGGAAUAGGGGGAUUGAUGAAGAAGAUGUCAAGUACGUGUGUGUUACUUAUGAUCGGUUACUACAACAAGACAAUGGCAUGGAUUGGCUCAAUGACACCCUAUGGGUUUACCAUCCUGCAACCAGUGUUUCUUCCCCCAAGAAAAAGAAACGAGAUGAUGGGUUACGUGAUCAUCUUACUGGCUGCGCUCGUAGUGAGGGAUAUUAUAAAAUUGAUAAGAAGGACAAGUUAAAAUACCUCAUCAACAAUCGCUCUAUGACUGAAGAACCUUUAAAUGAUACCCAGGGGAAGAGCAUCCCAGCUCAGCCUCACACCUCAACCAGAGCAGGCUCGGAGAGAAGAUCAGAACAGCGUAGGUUGCUCUCCUCUUUCACUGGAAGCUGUGACAGUGAUCUGCUUAAAUUUAAUCAACUCAAGUUUCGUAAGAAAAAAAUACGUUUCUGCAAGAGCCAUAUUCAUGACUGGGGCCUUUUUGCCAUGGAGCCAAUUGCUGCAGAUGAAAUGGUCAUUGAAUAUGUGGGACAGAAUAUUCGUCAGGUCAUUGCUGAUAUGAGGGAGAAGCGAUAUGAGGAUGAAGGAAUCGGGAGCAGCUAUAUGUUCAGAGUGGAUCAUGACACCAUUAUUGAUGCUACAAAAUUUGGGAAUUUCGCUCGGUUUAUUAACCAUAGUUGUAAUCCUAAUUGCUACGCAAAAGUUAUCACUGUGGAGUCUCAAAAGAAGAUUGUCAUCUACUCCAAACAAUACAUCAAUGUAAAUGAAGAGAUCACAUACGAUUACAAGUUCCCUAUAGAAGACGUUAAGAUCCCGUGUCUUUGUGGAGCAGAGAACUGUAGAGGGACGUUGAAUUAAAUAUCCCUCAUUUGUCAUUGCACCUUUCAGCCGCGAUGGACUGCAAGUAAUAGGUGUAAGUUGCACUUUUGCCAAAAAAAGGAAAAAAAAAAAAAAUGAAAUGAUUUCGCACUUCUCUUGGGCUUCUAAACAAGAGGGGCACAUGUAAACGAAGACAUUGCUUCUGAUUGUAAAGACCCUGGUGCUUUUUUUUAUUUUUUAUUUUCUUUGUCUUUUCAUCCUGACAAUGUAAAAGGUGAUUACCACUUAGUGGCACAGAGAACCUGAAUGGAAAACAAAGAAAGUGAUCUCAACCAUCUUCUCCUGACUAAUAUUAGCCUAGUGGAGGUAAUAAUUCGGUACCUUCUUUUUAUGCCAUAAUGCUGCUAGUUUCCUCAUCAAAUGCUCCUCAUAAAUAUGAAGAGGUAAUGCUGUAAUGGUAUCCAUUGGAAAUAGAUGUUACCCUUCUGGCUUUCAGAAAGGGAUUCCCCUUUUUAUACAUUAAUAUUCUUUUGUUGUGAUAUAAGCUUUUGCUUUGUAUAUUUCCCUUUUUUAUUUAUUUCAUUUUUCUCGACCUUUCUCUCUCUUCUUCCAGCUUUUAGUGAAAUUUAACAAACGUUCAAGAUGGAUGGCAAGGAGCGAUAAGUGACCUUGUACUUGCCAUUUGGAAUUUGGCAUGUAAAACUUUGCCCUGUACAAUGUCAAUUAUGUAUUCAUUGCUAUAAUUGGGAAGAGGCAUUGAGAAGCCGUGACAGAAGCUAAGCUUCUGUAGUACAUGGACUUAUGUAAAAGAUUAUGGUAGAGCAAAGGUGCUGUGGCUUCAUAAGGUCUCCAUGUAAACAUUUCCUGUAUUCUAAUAAUCAGUGUCACAAUCAUAAUCACCUAAAAUCAUGUUUCUAAUGCUCAUGUGUAUGAGCACUAAGCAAUUCACAUGGACUUGCUUAGUGCUAUUCCGGCAUGCAGAAAUGGAUUCUGAUGUACAGAGUUUCAAGCUGGGCAGAUAUUGGGCAUGGAUAUUGAAAAACAUUACAUGUUUAGGCCUCAGUUGCCGGCAUUUUUUUAAAAUCAACAAGCUUUAUUACAUGUCACCAUUUUUAUAUAAACUGAAUUUAUUGCUGGUCAACUCUACUGACAUAAGUUUUUAGUAAAAAAAUAAAUAAAUAAAAAGUAUUCUCCAUGAAAUAAUUCAGGAGCAUCUUUUCUUAAAACGCAGCUGUGCCAUCCUCUGUUCCAUAUGGCCUGGUCAGUACUGAUUGGCCAGUGUUAGACGGAGUACAGACACGAUAAAUCACCAGUUUACUAUUAACUGGAAGAAAAAACAGGAACACCACAAUGCAGAGUUCAAAGAAAAGAUGUUACCAAAUUUUGUCAUGAGAACUACAAAUACUAUCUGAAACAUAUGUCAGGAAAGCUGCCGCUUCAGGAUCUAAACCAAUAAUUGAAUGGCAGUAAAGUCGGUGAAUUGAGCGUGACCAGCAUCACUACCGCUGCUUGCUUUCAGCUGCUUUAUGUACAGCAGUGUGAGCUUUAUUUACACUGCUGUAUUAUAUUUCUCUCUAGCUUUUGCCAUGACAUGAUUUCAUCCCAUAUGUUGGAGCUAAACAUGUGCGUAUCCUCAAUAUAGCCAUGUGCUGGUUUGUAGAUUUACAGCAAGCUCUAGUCACACAGACUGUAGACUGCCACAAUAUGUCAGUGUCAUCUGGGGAUGGAGAGCAGCAGGGAAGAUCAGUAUAUUGGGUUGGUGUUUGGGAAUGAUGUGAUGGGUAACAGCUAUUUAAUGAAAGUCAUGAUUUACUACCACAGUGUGGAAAUCUAAUCCCUAUAUCAUGUAAUCUAUGGAUGCCCAUGGGGGUGCACUUCAGAUCUCAAUCAUAGUUCAUUCUGUGCCACCAUAGGCAGAUUGUUUAUUCACUUCUCUAUCUUGUAAAAUCCUGCCCUUUGCUAGUUCUCAGGUACUUUAGAGCUGCAGAUCUCUGUCCAUUUAAAGUUGGGAAUAUGGUCUUUGGGCUUCACUUUCUCUGCAGUGGCUUUUGCUUUAGGGUUAUACUACCACUAAUAAUUUCCAAUAACUAGGGACCUAAAAGGGUUGGUUUACAAGGGCGGUAAGUUUCACAAAUCUGUUCUUCCCUUCUAAAGCUUGAUGUUAAGUCAAUUAUGAAAUAUUAGCUAAUAUUUUAUUUGGGCACUGUAUUUUGGUACUUACUUAGCUUGCACAGAAGUCAUUAGGCGUAAUGUGGUGCCCUUCAUGACCGCUGCAUUCCUGCACAUGGGUAUUGUUGAAUGGCAUGCAUAUCUGAUUAUGUUUAAAGGCAUUUCAUACAUUCUCUGGGCUGGGCUUUCCUAGCUCUGUAGGUUUUCAAUGCCACCUUUUAUUGGUAAUCUAAAGCUAUUUAAUGCUCUUCUUUUCAGAUGCUUCCAAAAAAAAUUAUAGAGCUUCUAACUAGAAUAUUUAAGCUUUUGCAAAGCUAAGGUGUUAGUAACGUUAAGAUUAAUGGAGCUAUAAGGUGGUGGUACAACCAUGCUAGAAAAUUGAAUGUAACCAUGUUCACAGUUUUAGCUCCACUGAAAAUGCACACUAACAGCUUCAAGUACUCGCUUCUCUCUUUCUCUAUUCUCCUUUCACCUUGCAUGAACAUGAGGUGUCCUCUUUUGCUUGAGGCUGAAAAUGUUGUCUUCCAAAGGUGUUCAGUUAUUGACAACUGCACAAUAUAGCUAAAGUUAGUACCAGUAUCUUGCAUUUGUCAGUAUUGCAAAGUAAGAAGCAUGCAGAUAUUCAUAGUGAUCCCUCAGACUCAAUAUUACUUCAGUAUGAAGAACAAAGUCAUCCGAAAUCUUACGCAAUUCACGUGUGGCCUGUUUCUAGCUGGUCUGCCUGCUGAACAGAUUCCAUCACUCACCUGUAGACAUAUGUCUGACCCUGUACUUGAAGUUGACCUAUCUGCUACACUUUGUAUUGUUUUCAUUUGGUGAGGUAUACCAAUAUGCAGCCUUUUAAAUGAAUGCUAUCCAUCAGAUUGAUUUUUACCAGUUAUCCAUCCUCACAUUGAGGGAAUUCUCCUCCAUGUAAACAAUUAAAAGAACUGUCUGAAUCCGUGACCCCCAUAAUCUGCUCAUGGCUCUAAAGGGCAACAGCUAAAAUAUUAGGGGGAUUAUUCAGAUUUUUCAUUGACUCUUGCCACAUAAUGCUUAGGUGUCUUUCAGAUGCUCCUUUGUUGCUGAUAGAAGGAAAUGUAUAAAAGGUCCAGUAUGGAGGGAGUCCUCAUAGCAAGCAUAUCCGUUUUUUUAUAUACUUAAGCUGCAGGAAUCUGAUGUGCAGUCAUUUUUAUACAUGGAGUCCAAUGUGCUUUCCCCAGUAAAAUGUAUAGAAUUUACCCACAGUUCUAAAAUGGUUUUGUGUAUAGGUCAACUUUUAUAAGGGGGAGAAAACAUCUAAUCACAAUAAUAUUUUGAGUUCAUUCUUAAUGACUUCAUAGGAACAGGCGUGAAUUGCAAUUCUUCUAAAAGAGUUCACUAAGAUUAAUUUGUACAAAAAUGUGGCUGCUGCUGGCUAAGAUGAGAAAUGGCAUCACUGCUGCCUGGCGGCUUUUUCCUUUUUAUACUAUCCGUACGCUGCCAAUAAAGAUUGAGUGGUGAGACAGACUGACUUUUAGGGUUACACUGCUUGACAAUGGCCUUUUCAGUGCUGUUGUCAGACAGCAUGUUCCUGGCAGCCAGAAUGUCUGACUACAAUGGCUCUAAAGAGAUUUGUCUGGAUUGGAAAACCAACUUUCAAAUACUCUGAGAAUAUUCCACUACGUGCAUUAAAGGACACCCAAUUGGUUUACACAUGAACCAUAUCAUUCUUUAUUUCCCCUGUAGUGGCACUUAAGACUUUUCUCCAGGUUCUGCUACAAAAUCAGCUGAUCACAGGGGGUCCCAGCCCGCCCUGUAAUUGGCUUAUUUUUGCCAGACGCUUUUAAACAUCCUUAGGGUACGUUCACACGCGCGGAAAAUCCACCACAGUCCCUACUGACUUCAAUGGGGCUUGUUGCGGAUUUUCCCCAGUGUACAUUCUGCCGUGGAAAAUCUGCUGCGGACAGCCGAGAAGAGCCCGCCCACUUUCAAUACGCAGCGAAAAACCCGCUAAAAAAUCCGCACGUGUGAACAUACCCUUAAGCUGAACUUCCACUUAACUGUUAGCAGACUUGAGCCAGGCCUAUUCUCUAUCUUAGCAUCUCAUUAACCAUAUUACUGUAAAACUAAAUCUAGGUGAAAGCUGUGCAACUUAAGAGGCAAAACAUUUUUUAAUACAUAGCUUUAAUAAAGUCAUAUAAUUUGUACCAUAACUUUAGUCAAUAAAAA